AUGUCGUCGUCGCUGAUCCUCAGCGUAGCCUCAGGCGCCAUCUUCGGAUCUGCGCUGACCGCAUCUGGCGUCUACUCGCCCUCGGUCAUCGGCGGGCAGAUGGGACUGUCGAAUUUCCACAUGCUCAAAUCCUUUCUUGCAGCCAGCGCGUGCAGCGCGCUCAUCGUUGUCGGCGCCAAUCGAUCAGGCUAUGCCAAACUCCCACAUCGGACUGACGCCUCCUACGGCUGGUUCAUGAGAUACGACGCCAAUAUUGUCGGAGGGUUGCUCCAGGGCAUUGGCAUGACGCUGACCGGUGCGUGUCCCGGGACGGUGCUGGUGCAAAUUGCUCUGGGGAUCAAAUCUGCAUGGAACGUCGCCGUGGGAGGCGUCCUUGCAGGCAUCGUGUUUGCCAAAGUCGGCCAGAGUCUCAAGCGGUCGCAAGCAACAACAUCCUCCUCCUCCAACCCGUCCAAGUACACGCUGCAAGACCAGCUUGGACUUUCCACGGCCUCGAUUGUCGCCAUCUACGAACUACUCUGCCUGGUCAUGAUCACAGCAGCGACGUACCUCGCCCCCACACGGCAAUACUGGCUCAAUCCCGUUAUCGGGGGCCUUCUCAUUGGCAUCGCCCAAGCGACCUCCGUGCUGUUCACCCGCAAAACCCUGGGUGUCUCCAGCGGAUACCAAGACAUCGGCAGAUACUUCUGGGCCCUCCUCGACCGGACUCCUGGUCCCGGGUUGUCAAAUGUGCUCUUCGCCGGCGGCGUCAUUGCAGGGGCCAGGCUGAUCUCUCAAUAUGUACCCAUAACGCUGGAUACCGGCUCCCAAGUCAGCACCCCGGCCGCUAUCGCCGGUGGAUUUGCCAUGAUCUUCGGUGCCAGACUGGCCGGCGGGUGUACCAGUGGACACGGCAUCAGCGGCAUGGCAACCAUGAGUGUGAGUAGCUUUGUCACGGUUGCGAGCAUGUUUGCCGGUGGCAUCGCUGCGGCCUUCUUGAUGUGA